AAGUGAAAGCUGUCCGAUGCUUUUCGUGUGUUGAUCGUCGUUAUUCGGUAGGUUCAUCACUUUGCUGUUAAACAUUUUCUUUCUGUCAAACGUAUUCACUGGCUGUGUUUGCCGCAACUGUUCGAAUUAGAUUUUUAAUUGGGAUUUCUCUGCGAAAAAGACAACAAAAAUGAAAAGCAAUUUCCUGAUUCUGUUGCUGGUGGUGCCAGCACUAAUUUGCACAUUUCAUGCCCCACAUAAAUUUGCGGCGUUCGCUGAAGGCUCGGCAGAGGAUGACCUCGUAGAUGUGGAAGGUGAAGAUGGUGCUGUGACUGGUGAUGAUGUUGAAAAUGAUGAAGAUGCUGAUUCUAGUGUAACCACGUCGCCAUAUGCUGAUACGUACCUGCUUUUCACAAAUCCCUUGUACACAGCUGGCCAACAAUUAGAUUUACCUGGUGGCAAACCAGUUGAAUUCCUUAUCGGUUUUACAAAUAAGGGCAAAAAUGAAUUUGUUAUUGAGACUGUGGAAGCUUCUUUCCGUUAUCCUAUGGAUUUCAACUAUCACAUUCAGAACUUCUCUGCCGUUGCAUACAAUCGUGAAGUGAAACCAGGCUCUGAAGCCACCGUUGCAUACUCGUUCCUGCCAUCAGACCAAUUCGCUGGUCGUCCUUUUGGUUUAAAUAUUGCAUUGAAUUAUCGUGAUGCUGCUGGUGCUCAAUUCACCGAAGCUGUUUUCAAUGAAACUGUUUUGAUCUCCGAAGUUGAUGAAGGUCUAGAUGGCGAAACUUUCUUCCUCUAUGUGCUGUUAGCUGGUAUUGUUGUAUUGCUAUUGGUUAUUGGUCAACAAUACCUUUUGGGUUCAUCUGGCAAGAGGAAGCGUGCUGCUGCCAAAAAAACCAUUGAAACUGGUACCGCCAAUGACAGCAACAUCGAAUAUGAAUGGCUUCCACAAGAAACUUUGCGUGUGCUCCAACAAUCACCAAAAUCGAAGACACCAAAAACUUCGCCAAAGCCCGGCAAACAAAGCAGCCCAAAACAGGGCCAGAGCCCCAAACAGCGAAAAGUGAAACGCGGUGAUGAUUAAACUAUAAGUGUGACUGCAUCACAGUAAAAACAACAAAUUCACCUCAAAUGUAAACGCAUAAUCGCCUUACUUACGCGCUUUGAAAUCAUAUUUUUUAUUUUUUAAUACAUUUGUUCUAUUAAUUUUAUAUGCGACAUUUGAGAAUUAUUAGAUUUCGAUAAAUACAAGUUAUUUUUAAGUCUGAAUAGUACUCUAAAAUUCCUCCCAUUCACAAGCGGUGUAAUUGGUGUGCGUUGCAGUGCAGUGUGGUGUUAUAUUUGUUUUAUAUUUUUUUAAAACGUGCCAAACGCGGUUGCUGCAACGUCGUCCAUUGACACCGACUAUAAUAACAUUUCAUGUAGCACAAAGUUUCUAUUAAGUUCAAAUUAGUUACCACCACUGUAUCGUGUAAAAUGAUGUGAACUUAAUGCUGAAAAUUUUCUGCAAAGCAUGCAGCAUUUACGAUCAGCUCGUCUUUAUAGUUUCGUAUUAGAGAUUUUGUUAGAACACAGACACACAAACUUGUUUUCUUUCUUUUUUUGCUUAUCCAUCUCCAUUUGCGUGUCAAAGAGGGUGACGAUCUUUCUUUUUGAUGCAAUGGAAUUGCUAAUGUCUGAUUUAUUUCUAUUUGUAAUUAGAAAAUGUUCAUUAACGAAACUAAUUUAUAAAAUAAAAAAGAAAAACAAUAAAAACGAUUUCUAUAAAAAUUUGA